AUGAGAUCUCAAGCAGCCCGCAUCUUGAAAGCACCCCUAAGGCAACGCGCUCUUCUCCAGCCAGCCUCCUUCUCCCGCUCCCAUUCAAGAUUUCCAGGCAAGAACAGUCGUUCUACGCCCGGAGCUAAGGCGCUUAGAGCAGCCCCGACUAUUCCAUUCUUUGGCGCAUUCUUUAGCUCUCACAAGCCCGAGGACUCAAGCGGCAGCAUGUCUUACCCUGAUCAGCGCAGUGAAGAUCAGUGGCGAACGGUGUUGAAUCCCGAGCAGUUCCGCAUCCUUCGUGAGAAGGGCACCGAACGCGCCGGUACCGGCGAGUACGAUCAACACCAGCCGACCAAGGGCGUGUACAACUGCGCCGGAUGUGACGCACCUCUUUACACAGCCGAUCACAAGUUCAAGUCCGGUUGUGGCUGGCCCGCUUACUUUGAUUCGAUUCCCGGUGCCGUAAAGAGACAUGUGGACAGUACCUUUGGCAUGAAGCGCACCGAGAUCGUCUGCAGUAACUGUGGAGGUCAUCUCGGUCACGUCUUCGAGGGUGAAGGAUAUCCGACCCCCACUGACGAGCGUCACUGUGUGAAUAGCGUGAGUCUGCGUUUUACCGAGGACCAGGGAUCUUCUGGAAAGCCGGCGGAAAAGUCGAAGGCAUGA